AUGUGGAAUUCACCUCCGUCAAUGCCGAGCGCUAGCAACCUGAGGAGGGAAGACUUUCAUAUCUCGGGCACGGGUAAGGAUAUUCCAAAUGGCCAUACAAUUGCACUUGCAUCAGUGUUGCUGGGCCUGGCAAUACGUGGAGUGGCUGAGAUCGUCAGCUCGAGACAGGCCGUCGACUCAAAUUUUCCAGAAUCUCGAGCAUUCCUGAAGAGGCCUUGCAGCGAAGAGCAGUAA